AUGCCAGACGAAAGGUACCGUCUCGUUGUACUCGGUUCAGCAAAAGUUGGUAAAACAUCAUUGAUUCGACGAUAUCUCUACGGUGAAUUCUCUGACAAAUACAAAGAAACAAUUGAAGAUCUUCAUUCAAGAGAUUUUGUGAUUCAGGGUGAACGCUUAUCACUAGAUAUACUCGAUACAAACUUCAACUUUCCCGACAUGCGCAAACUUGCCAUUGCAUCAGCAGAUAGCUUCUUGUUGGUUUUCGCUGUCGAUGACAUACAAAGCUUCAAAGAGAUGAGUGAAUUAUGGAGUGAAAUUUGUGAACGACGUGCCGAUAUUCGCCAGAUGCCGACUGUUAUCGUUGGUAACAAGAGAGAUGUUUCAUCGAAGAAGAUAUAUGAGGCUACGGCAUCAGCGUGGACAUCCAGAUUAAAUGCGAACAUCCGCUACAUAGAAGCGUCCGCAAAAACGUCAGAAAACGUCAUAUCCAUAUUCAGAAAUCUUCUCGAACUCAGCAACUUCCCGAACAACAACCGAAAUAUAAGUCGAAAAUGUGGUGGGUCUGUUGAGGGUGGCUCGGUGGAUGACAGCACUAAAUUGCAACAACACCAUGUCGCGUUAUCGUGCUCUCUUUCACCAUCUAUCGCAAGGAGCUCAAAUAAUGACUUGAAACGAAAUCGCUCGCUACGGGUGAAAAGCACACAACAAAAGAAGGAUCAUCUCGAGAGACGAACUAGCGACGACGAAAUGAAAUCACUGGAACGUUCAAGUAGUCUGAUACGAAGAACCAAGCACCUUUCGUUCAGAAUCCGCGCUCACACGAAUCGUGCUCUGGAAGAGACGAACAAUGACCAAAGCGAUUGUAGAAUCACCUAA